GCAAUCCAAGUGCCAUGUGUGUAUUCUCCAAGCGUUAAUUACCCAAUUUCCUGUUAUUCCCUCCCAAAUAUAAAUUCAAAACACAGAAAGCAUAUAAAUAAAAAACAAAAAAAAAAUACAUUUUGAAAAGCUUCAAUUACGCCUCUUCUCUUUCUCUUCUCCCCUGUAUCUUCGCCUCCAUGGAAUCAGCCGAAGAAGAUCAAGCUUCUAUAUGUGACUCAGUUUUUUUCACGCAGCCGCCACCGAAUUUAGUGUCAUUAUCACCUUUCACUACAUCAGUUUCACCUUCUUCUCGGCGGCUUUCGAGCUGCUAUUCUCAGCGGAGCCAACCCAUAAAAGCAAAAAGGCAACUUGCAUGGGUAUCUCUUCAAGGAAGGCUUAUCGGCGCAGAGGAAGCAAGUUCUGCUAGGAAAAUUGGCGGUGGCUUAAAUCCUAAAGAAGCUUUCGCUUGGGAACUCUUUAGCCCCAUUCAUCGGAUUCUUAUAGUUGCUGUUGUCGCCGUUGCUGCUGCGAAUUCAAAGAAGAAUAGGCAGAUUUGUCGGCUGAAGAAAUCUGUUGAACUUAGGGAUCAAGUACUCUUAGGCAUGCAACAGAAGCUGGACACAUUAUGUGAACAGGUUAACUAUUUCAAGGAUCAGCCAGAGACUGCAGUAGAUACAUAUGAAUAUUUUCAGUCCAACAACGUUUAUGAGAGGAAUAUGAUCAAGGGAGAAGAGAUGCUUAAAUUUGAAAUGCCUCCAGCAGCAAAUCAGGCUGAACCAGAGGAACGGCGUAUGUCUGAUUUGUCAGAUUGGGCUGCUAGUAUGACUUCCUCUGUAGACAUUCAGCUGAACACUUCAGCAGUUGAACAAGAUUUUUAUAAUCUCCAGAAGGAAUGUGAAGAAAAAGAUGCCACCAUCAGGGAGUUAUCCACUUUUCUUCAAUCAUCAGAAGCUUUUGGUGGAAAGAGGAUUGGAGAGCUUGAAGAUAUCAUCCGCAGAAAGAAUAUGAUUAUAACAAAACUCAAGAAAGAUGUUUUAAUCUUAGAGCAGAAGGUUGUGAAUCUAACAAGACUUAGAAGACCAUCUUUCUCUUCAAGAAGCUCAAAGGGGGUGCUGCUUCCUCCAUUGACAGACAACAUCCUUUAUGAUAUGGACAGUACUACUAGCCCUUCAUCUUCAGAUUCAGAUAGCUCCCCUGGGAGAAUAGCUCAACCUCUUUUUGCUAGUCAAGACAUCAGCAUUUAUCAUGGUAAAAAUACUUUAAGGGAAAACCAGAAACAGGAGCAGGUCGAAAGCUUACCUUUAUUAGUGAAACCAACAGACAGACAUCCAAAGUCACGACCAGUAAGCCCCUUGAAGGAGAAAUCAUUGAAUCAGACACAGGAUUCAGUCUUCAGAUUGAAACCAAGGCAGGCAUCAUCGAUUAGUGCAGAAUCUAGGAGGAGGCGACCUCCUGUUGCUAAGUCGAAGGAUGUGCUUGCACAAAAACGAUGGCUUUAG